GUUUCCUCAGCCGCUCCGGCCGCUCUUCUUCGGCGCCGCUUCCACAAGCAACAUCCGUCGUGGCGGGCGGGCUUGCAGUCAGGGACCGAGCGAGCAAACGGGCCGGCGCCAAGAUGCCGCUGGGCCUGAAGCCGACGUGCAGCGUGUGUCGCACUACGUCCUCGUCUAUGUGGAAGAAAGGAGGCCAGGGCGAGAUCCUUUGCAACAACUGCACAGGCCGCUCAGGGCCGCCCAGCACCGGCGGAGCUGCCUACGCCACCACCUCGGCGGCCGCGCAGCAUAGCAACGGCGGCGGCGGCGGGAAGCAGAGUAAGCAAGAAAUUCACAGAAGAUCUGCUCGAUUAAGGAAUACGAAAUACAAGUCUGCUCCUGCUGCUGAAAAGAAAGUUUCUACUAAAGGAAAAGGGAGAAGGCAUAUUUUUAAGUUAAAAAAUCCUAUCAAGGCUCCAGAGUCUGUGGCCACCAUAAUUACAGCAGAAUCUAUCUUCUAUAAGGGAGUUUACUAUCAGAUUGGAGAUGUUGUUUCAGUGAUUGAUGAGCAGGAUGGUAAAACAUACUAUGCUCAAAUUAGAGGGUUUAUUCAAGACCAAUACUGUGAAAAAAGUGCAGCUUUAACAUGGCUCAUUCCUACUACAGCUAGCCCCAAAGACUGUUUUGACCCUGCAACUUACAUAAUAGGACCAGAAGAAGAUCUUCCAAGAAAAAUUGAGUACUUAGAAUUUGUUUGUCAUGCACCUUCAGAAUAUUUCAAAUCUCGAUCAUCUCCUUUUCCUACUAUUCCUACUAGACCAGAAAAAGGUUAUAUCUGGACUCACGUUGGGCCUACCCCAGCAAUCUCAAUCAAGGAAACUGUUACCAGCAACUUAUAGUCUGUCUUGACAUACUCCCUUUAAAUGUAUAUAAAAUUUACUACAGCUGUUUUAGUUUAUGCAGCUAGUCUUACAAGUGACUUUUAUUUAUUGUUUAAAUGUUGAUGUCUUUAUUAAAAUUAAGUUUUAUUCACUUUAUUUGAAACUUUUUCUCCCUCUGUAAAAAGUAACUCUUCACACACUUCUUUAAACAAGGGAGAAGCUGCACACUUGCUGUCUUUUUGCCUUAUACAUAAAUAUAGUGAUGACCUUUGUUCAGAAAACUGCUUAUCUGUUCCU